AACUGAAUUGACUGAAAUUAAUCUAUUACUCGCCAAAAAUAAACCUGAAACUCUAGUGGCAAUCCUCACUCCCCGGUGAACCCUCCACCUCUAUUUUCGCCUACUGUCAUCCAUUCUUUCAUGGCCAAACAACUAUAUAAGCUCUUCCAAUCUCCCAUUUCUCCAUCAAUUCUUGCAGUGUUUCUCUAUAAAUCCUAGAGAAUUACUGCAUUCGUUGAAUACAAAUCUUUAAACGCCAAAACCCAAAAAAAAAGAAAAAAAAAAAAAGAAAAUCAAAGAAAUGGCAAGCAAGCUUGCUAUUAUUACCCUUCUCCUUGUUGCCCUUAUUGGGGUGGCCUCAGCUGCAUCACCUGCUCCCAGCACCCCCGCCAAUGAUACUAUUGGUAACGAGGAUGACUCUGCUGGAGCAGGUGCACCGGGUGCUGCUGCUAGUGAUGUUGUCCCUGGACCAUUAGGCAGUGCAUCAUCAACUAAUCAGGGCGCUUCUGCUGAAGCACCAACGAGCGGAGCAAGUGCCUUCCCGGUCUCCGCCAUUGCUGGAGUAGCAGCUGUUGCUGGCUACUUCUUCUAAAGCUGCUUUUUUUUUACCUUUAAUUUUUAUAAUUCUUAUUUCUUAGUCACGUAAAAUGAGUACUACCUUUAAGUUCGCGUUUUGGGCAGAAAGUGAAUUUAAAGAAUUUGAGGAUGAGAUUAAUUCUCCAGAUCCUGGAGUCAAUCUGAAUAAAGUCUGAUUUGAUUUGAUUA